AUGAUGCAAUAUAUGCUUCUCUUCAGUCGACAGGGAAAGUUGAGACUACAAAAAUGGUACACCGCAUAUCCCGAUAAGGUAAUUGGCUUUUUUUUAAAGUUGAACUUCGAAUUCCUUACAACUAAAUUAAUGUUUCAGCAAAAGAAGAAAAUUUGUCGCGAACUCAUCACUCAAAUUCUGGCUAGAAAACCAAAAAUGUGCGCUUUCCUCGAGUACAAGGACCUGAAGGUUGUAUACAAAAGAUACGCCUCACUCUACUUCUGCUGUGCAAUUGAGCAGAACGACAAUGAAUUGAUCACGUUGGAAGUUAUCCACCGGUACGUCGAGCUUCUUGACAAAUACUUCGGAAGUGUCUGCGAGCUGGAUAUAAUUUUCAACUUCGAGAAGGCUUACUUCAUCUUGGAUGAGUUCCUUCUCGCCGGGGAAAUUCAAGAAACCAGUAAGAAGCAAGUUCUGAAGGCUAUCGCUGCUCAAGAUUUGAUCCAAGAAGAGGAAACUCCACAGGGCUUCUUCGAGGACCACGGUUUGGGAUAA